AUGGAAAGUAAAGAGGUAUCCACAUCCCAAACAAUUAUUUCUCAGGAUCACACUAUACAAGUGCAGGAAGGGAUACAUUUGGUGCCAGUGUUGGUCCCCUCGGUUACCAUUCUAGGGAUCAUUUCUGGAAUUGCAACGAUUAUGUGGAAAAGAAAGCGGUGCAAAACAUUCUUCAGAAGAAAACAUUCUGGAAAUAAUGAUAAUGUCAACAUCUUUGAAAAAGAAUCAUUGCUUAAUACAUCUAAUGAGUAUGGCGGGGAGAUGCUGCCGUUGCAUAAUGUCAAUCAAGAACACACAAACAGAAAGAGGAAAAUAACAAUGUCUGAUGAGCACGUUGGCCUUGAAAAUGAUCCAGAUAUAUCAGAAAAUUGGAAUGCAAAUAAAGAGAUCACAAUAACCACAGACAAAUACCAUCAAGACGACGCCAUGUACAACAAAUAUAUCCAUGAAGAAGGACUUAAAGAACAAAAAAAAAAAGAUUAUGGCUUCCUCCAGUACAAAAGACGACAGGAUUUUGCUCUGAAUCUCUGCAAAACAUCUUACCUUCAAA